GGACAAAUUUCCUGACGAAGAAGUAAUCAAAGAGCAUGUGAUCAAAAAAGCCCCUUCAGGCAACUAUGUUACGACUGUCGAGAACGUUCAUCCCUCGAUCGCGCUUCCUGCUCCGGUCGGCAACAACGGUACAAUGGAUUCGAGCUUUCGACUGCGACAGUCGUUUAACAUCCCCACUGGUUCAGAUUCUACGAAGCGUCCUUCUCCAACACCAUCAGUCAAGCGCAGUAAGGCUGAGCAGCUCCUCAAGCAGCAUGGCUCUCCUCCACAUGUUCGUGUUACUGCUGGAGGUCGAAUCGUGCCGAACGACCUUCCGCAACUCGGCAGUCCUCGUGUUCCCUUCGCGCCAAUUUACAACUCUCGUGGUCCAAGUCGCUUCCAACAGAGUGCUAUCCCAAGUGGACCGGCAUACUCGUCUCGACUCCCCAAUGGAUUCCUCGCUUACAAUGUAUACGGAAAGCUUAUUCAAUGGUUCAACGGAUAUUGGCACGAUGUAAAUAUCGAUGCAUAUGGCCAGCCAGUUUUCCAUAUCUCCCCUCCUAACAUCCCAUUUCCUUCCGCAAAUGCGGCCUUUGGCUACACUAUUCCUCAAGCGAAUGUCGGCGGUUUGUAUUUCACGCAGCAGCCAGUCAAUCUCCAUGCUUCGGUUUUAAGCGCUGCACCGGACGACAUCGAGGGCCAGAUCUCGGUAAAUAAGGCCGAAUAUGAGCGCAUCCGUCAAGAGAAAAUCGAGCUAGAGCGCCAUGAAGUCAAGUCUUCGGACCACUUAUCUGCUGCCGAGCGUGCUCAGAUAGUUAACGAAAAGCGCAAAUAUGUUCUGAUGCUUGACACUAUUCGGAAAAAAAUUAAGGAGCUCGAGAGCAUCAAGAAUUUUAAAUGCUCCAGCUCAUUGUCUAAUGGUGAAUUAUCUAGCAAAAGUACCAACGGCAUCAAUGGUAUCUCCGGUUUAUCUGUUCCAUUACACAACAUAGGAGGGACAGAUGACGUGGACGGAGUUCCUACUGUUCAGAAGUGGCAAAUACAGCCUCAUGCCUUUACUAGAAGCUUUCCUGGCACUAGUUAUGGCAAUGUGCUAUGGAACACCUACCCUUCACCUAUAGCAGCGUCCAGUGACCAUCCGCCUGGCCAUUCAAAGGUCAAACAACAGCUACAGCCCGAGAAUGCCAUCGAGUCUCCCACAUCUGAGCCCAGUCCAUCUUCUCGUGCACAGCCACGUCGCUCGCACGCAGUCCAGAUCCGUAACCCAAACGGAAUCGGUCACGGGGAUGCUUUGAAGAAAGAAUCCCUUAGCGUCUCUGGUGAGCAUCAUCCAUCUAAUCUAAAUCCAGCAAGUCCGAGUUACGAACCAGGAAAGCCUUAUCCUCUGACGGAAGGCAGUCCACCACCCUUCGUGGUGCCUGCUCCGACCCCAAUUGAGACGCCAAAUCCUCCGCCAGCAGAACUGGCUAAGCAUUGGGUUUUCUCCCAGCAGAUUCAAUCCACACAACAGAUUGAAGAAAAUAGACAAAUAAGUACGGCUGGUGACCAAAAAGAGGACGGUAUAGCGACUUCUGAGUCAACACAGCACAUUCAAACCCGUAUCCAAGAUCAUGAUUAUGUAGAGGUCAAUCCAUCAAGUAAUGAAGACAACGUCGAACACUCCUCGCAGCACCAAACCAGCCGUUCUAGCGUCACAACGACCGACUUUUUUCCUGUCAACACGCAUGAACACUCCUUCAACAAGUAUAUGUCUCGAAAGACAAGUGCGGCUGCUCGUUUUUCUAUGGAGACGAACCCGUGCACCCCCAUGCGAGAUCAACACAGCGGCGGAACCAGUCCAAUGACCGAUGGUCACCAUCUACCUGUGCCUCCAGUGUCACCUGCAAGUCACUACGGCUUCCCAUCUCAUCUCCUUGCAAAUUCUCCAGAUGAUCUGCGCACGACAAGCUUCCUGGGUGACACUAGCUGUUCCACUGUCCAGCAGAAUGAGGAACACAUCCCUCAACAUUCCCCAGUAAAAGCAGAAACCAGAGCUGAGUUCCACGGCAAAUCCAAAUCCUAUCUCGAAGGUUACUUAGCCGGUUCGUCCGGACACGCUCCAAGCGAUCCAAAAAAUCAAGAAUACUGUUCUGGCUAUAUCGACGGACUCUCAAAGAUGUGUCUCGGUGGUACGAAUUUGACCCGAGAGUCUAGCACUAUUAGCCUCAAGUCGCAGAUGAUUACCAUGUCGCGCACUCCGCCGAACACAACGGAUAACUGUUCAUUGAUUGCCGAUCUAGCUGGAUCGCAACCAAAUCGCAGCGAAAACCUUCGGCUGACCCAGUCGCUCAACUUCAACUCUCCUUCAUCUGUUAGCAGGCAUACUUGCAAUGACGCGCAAGCCAAUGGUAGCGAGUGUCAAGCACAACGCACGCCCUAUCAAAUAGACAACACGAAGGCACCGCACCUUCCUUGCCAUGACUUUCAAGGUCCGACGCACCUUCCGCUUUCGCGGUCGGAGGAAAGCUCAGGUUCUAAUGCUUCUCGGCCAAAAGGAUUCUUCCUUCCUUCGAGCGGACCUUGGAAUCUACCACCACAACAGCCAAAAACAGUCUGUUCUGACAUUCCAGCGUCACAUUCGCUUACAGCAGUGUCGUCUUCGACCUGCGCCGCCGCGCGUCGUUGUAAUCGUGUGGUAAGCACGUCGAAUUCGUCACAACCGCCUCUUGCUGGCUACUCUGGAAACCAACCGAGUGCUCGCGUUGGAAGCAUGCCUCAGCACUCUGUCUUUGGGGACGAGAAGUACCUUGUCGCCACUACAACCAUUGAGGCAAGCAAAACAGCAACUUCACGCUUCCAACUGCACGAAAAUCAAAAUUCUAUCAGCGCUUCGGCCAGCAGAGGUUCUCAGUUUGACGGUGCCGUGGACGAACUCAGCGACAUGAAGACGGCGCGUCCAUCAAAUGUGCAUCUGCCAAUGGAGUGUUGCACAUCUAGUGUGUCACGUAAGACAGACCAACAAGAGGCAGUUUGUACGCCGCGUACAGGAGCGUCGUCCAAGAUGGCUAAUCCUGCGGUAACCACCCCAUCUGUAUCGCCGUCCAAGUCCAACAACACAACUCCAAAGAAAAUCACAUCCCCACGCCACCGCAUGCAGCAAAUAAAGGACAAGGUCGGCGAUUUUCUUGAUCGCGGUGGUCACUGUGGAGGCAGUGAACGCAAUGGCGAUAUCUCCCGUGCUGAAAGCCCAGAUCCGAAGCACAUGAGCCCUGAAGAGAAGAGACGAUGGAAGGAUGGGUGGCGUAGCAAGCUGGGCGCAGCGAGGGCACGAGAAGAUGUCGAAGUCAGGAAGUGGAAGAAGGAGAAACUACAACUCCUUGGUUAGUCCCAAGAAAAGUGAAGGCGAAGUUUAUGGCUCCAGCGAAGAUAACAGGCAAUAGCAAAUGAGAGUCUGGGUAUCGUUGCCUACUAAUUUCAGUAGCGACGAGUAACAAUAUAUUCUCGUGCACUUCAUCAGCUUGGCGAUAUCUUAGCAAUCGACCUAUCGAGCAGAUCCUACUGCCAUGUCAAUUGCUCAUGUGGCAUCUUUUGGGCGUUCGAAUGCUGGGAUUAUCAGUCUAAGAUGACCAGCGCUAACACAACAAGCUGAUAUUCCAAGGCAUAGAUACAGGUUCUAACAGCUGCUCAUGUAGUCCUAACAUAAAUAUGCAUCGAUACAUAGCUAAACUAUAGAAAAC